GCCCGGCGCGCCCUGGGCAGCCCGGGGGCCUCGGCGCGUCCUGACGGCGGCAAGAUGGCUCCCAAAGGGAAAGGCGGCGGCAAGGCGGGCAAGGGCGGUGACGGCGGCAGCGGCGAGAGCAAAGCCCAGGGCCCGAAGGGAGGCGGCAGCGCCGUGAAGGUUCGGCACAUCCUGUGCGAAAAGCACGGCAAAGCCAUGGAGGCCAUGGAGAAGCUGAAGUCCGGGCAGCGCUUCAGCGAAGUCGCUUCGCAGUACAGCGAGGACAAAGCCAGGCAAGGGGGAGACUUGGGCUGGAUGACCAGAGGCUCCAUGGUGGGACCUUUCCAGGAAGCAGCGUUCGCCUUGCCCGUGAGCAGCAUGGACAAGCCAGUGUAUACAGACCCUCCUGUCAAAACAAAGUUCGGGUACCACAUUAUCAUGGUGGAAGGCAGAAAAUAAAAUAUGAGUGACCAUUA